CCGUCCGCCUCGGCCGCCUCCCUGCUCGACUCGGAGGAGGAGGACGAAUCGAAACCCAUGAGCUACGACGAGAAAAGACAACUGAGCCUCGACAUCAACAAACUGCCCGGGGAGAAACUGGGCAGGGUCGUUCACAUCAUCCAGAGCCGCGAGCCCUCGCUCAGAGACUCCAACCCCGAGGAGAUCGAGAUCGACUUCGAGACGCUCAAGGCGUCCACGCUGCGCGAGCUCGAGCGCUACGUGCUCUCGUGUCUCAGGAAGAAGCCGAGGAAACCCUACAGUGAAAGUGAGUGGGAGUUUAAUUGGAGGGGGAUUUGG